CUUUCGUAUUAGACCAAUUUUGACAAAGUCUCAUGGAAGAUAAUGGGGCUGGCGGCUCAAGCGAUUAUGCAAGAACUUGUCCAAGAGGCCACUGGAGACCUGCCGAGGAUGAAAAGCUCCGACAGCUUGUUCAGCGAUUCGGUCCUCAAAACUGGAACUCUAUUGCGGAGAACCUUCAAGGGAGAUCAGGAAAGAGUUGCCGAUUGAGAUGGUUUAAUCAACUAGAUCCAAGAAUUAACCGAAAGCCGUUUACUGAAGAAGAAGAAGAAAGGCUUCUGGCAGCUCAUAAGAUACACGGUAACAAAUGGGCUCUUAUCUCAAGGUUAUUUCCGGGUAGAACCGAUAAUGCUGUCAAGAAUCACUGGCAUGUCAUAAUGGCAAGACAACAAAGAGAAAAAUCCAAGAUUUGCGAUAAAUCGACAAGGUACAAAGAUGGGUUACAUAGUCUUGGUAGUUUUGAUCAACACUCUAGUGCGGAAUUCUUUUUGAAAUUCAACGAUGAACAUAAAGAAAAUGUUAGUUCAUGGCCUUUGAUGAGACCUUCAAUCAUGUUAGCAGCCAAAAGAUCUUUUCCUAUGGAUUGUAUUGGAAAACAAGUAGAUCACAACAGCAAGACACAAAUUUCAAGUAGCUCGUUAGACCACUCAUUUGCAAGAAACUAUUUUGGAUAUCAAACCUACAAGAAGGUCACAUAUUCGUGCCCCUUUGGAAACUUGCAGCCUUCGGUGACCAUCACAGAGAUUGAUACGCGUGAACCCGAAGAAGUUGAAACCUUAAGCCACAAAGAUAUACCCUUCAUAGAUUUUCUUGGCGUGGGAAUAUCUUCCUGAUUGCCAAAACAUAAAUUAUCAGAUAUACACACAUUCAGGUAAAUCAAAGUAUUUAACUUAAUUUAUGGUUUCAAGCUUGUAUGUUUAUAAACGAGAAGAGUUAGAUGCACAAUAUUAAAGUAUCUGCAAGAAUUUAAUCAACUCUAUCGAAAUAAAUAAAAAUAUCAUGUUUUAUUA